ACUCGUCGGGAGACGAUGCGCGCAAGCCCGCCCGUUUCCCGCCGUCUCGAGACCCUCCUACGCUCCCCGCUCGCCUUCCGCCAUCUCCGCCCCUUUCUCGCCCGCCUCGUCAUCGCCGGAGACGUCCGCCACCCAGCCACACUACGCCGCCUCUCUGACCUCAUCGCGCUCUUCCCCGACCACCCCUCGUCCCCUCUCCUCUCCCGCGCCCUCUCCCGCCUGUACUUCCAUCUCGCCCCCUCCUGCACCACCUUCCUCUACAACCUCAUCAUCCGUGCCUUCUCCCGCAGCCGCCGCCACCCCUGCGAGUCACUAUUCGCCUUUGUCUCCCUCCUCCGCUCCGCGUCCCCCCCGGAUCACUUCACUUUCCCCUCCCUCGUCAAGGCAGCCUGCAGUCUUCGCUCCCCCACCGGUGGCAUCCAAAUCCACCCCCAGGUGUUGAGACGAGGGUUCGAGUCUUACAUAUAUGUGCUGAACACGCUGUUGUCCAUGUACUCGGCUUUCGGGGACAUGGUUUCGGCUCGGAAGCUCUUCGACUUGAGCUCCGAGCUGUUGGAUGUCGUAUCUUGGAACACAGUCAUUGAUGGAUAUGUCAAAGUUGGCGCAUUGGAGGUUGCGAGGCGGCUUUUCGAGGAGAUGCCUGUGAGAAACGAGGUGUCGUGGAGCGCAAUCAUCAAUGGUUAUGCUGGGAAAGGCGAGUUGGAUGUUGCACGAUCAUUGUUUGACAGAAUGCCGGUGCAGAGGAAUGCUGUAACUUGGAAUUCGAUGGUGUCGGGGUUUGCAAGGCACGGGCUGUUGCCGGUGGCUAGGAAAUUCUUCGAUGAGAUGCCCAUGAGGAACAUUGUGUCAUGGAAUUCGAUGGUUUCUGGGUAUGCACUGAAUGGGGAGAUGGAUGCUGCAAGGAAGUUGUUCGAUCAGAUGCCCGAAAGGGAUGUAGUUUCUUGGAGUUGCAUGGUUUCAGGGUAUGCACAGAGCAACCAGUUUCUAGCGGCAUUGCAGCUCUUUAAAGAGAUGCAGAAGGUCCGCAUGAUAAAACCCAAUGAGGUUACAAUGGUCAGUGUGCUCUCAGCUUGUGCACAUCUUGCAGCUCUGGAACAAGGAAAGUGGGUACACGCAUACAUAGACAAGAACCAUAUGACACUGGAUGAUGACCAGAAUCUAGGAGCCGCUCUGAUCGAUAUGUACGCUAAGUGUGGAAGCAUUGACAUAGCUCUAAAGUUGUUCCAAUCUUUGGACCGUAAGAAUGUCUCUAGCUGGAAUGCUUUGAUAACAGGAUUAGCAAUUAAUGGGGCAGCUAGUGAGUCUCUUGAAGCAUUUGAACAGAUGCAGAAAUCUGGUCUGAAACCCGACGAUAUAACAUUUGUUGGUGUACUGAUGGCAUGCGUUCAUGGAGGACUGGUCCAUGAGGGGCAACAAUAUUUUGAGAGCAUGACAAAGGUUCAUGGGAUUCAGCCUCAAAUGAAGCAUUACGGAUGCAUGGUUGAUCUACUGGGCCGAGCAGGAUUGUUGGAAGAGGCAGAAGGAAUAGCAAGAAGUAUGCCGAUGAAACCGGAUAUCAUGGUAUUGGGAGCUCUGCUUGGUGCUUGUAGGAUUCAUAAAGAUGUAGCAGUCGCGGAUAGAGUAAAGAAAGAUGUUCUUCGGUUGAAGGCCGAGCAAUCUGGUUGCCAUGUUUUACUUUCUAAUAUAUUUGCUGCUGCAGGUAGAUGGGCUGAUGCCUCCGAAGUGAGGAGUUCACUGAAGCAGACUGGCAUCAGGAAGGAUCCAGGUUCUAGCUCUGUGGAACUGGAUGGGACUGUGUAUGAGUUUGUCGCAGGGAGUUGUUCUCUUCCUGAGGCCAGUGCCAUGUAUGCCUGGCUGGACAAGAUGGGGAGUGAUCUAAGACACCAAGGGUAUUCACCAGUGACCCAAGAUGUCUUACUUGAUCUAAGCGAAGAAGAUAAAGAGACCUGGUUGUCGAGGCACAGUGAGAAGCUAGCUUUAGCAUUCGCUUUGUUAAGGUUUGCACCUCAUUCCACUAUAAGAAUCGUGAAGAACCUAAGGAUCUGUGGGGAAUGCCAUUCCUUUGUAAAGCAUGUAUCCAAGUUCUCUUCACAAGAAGUUAUCAUCAGAGACCGGAUUCGUUUCCAUCAUUUCAAGGAUGGCACUUGCUCUUGCAAUGAUUAUUGGUGAUUAUUGAUGAGAACAACAAAGCUUCUCAUCAGUCUUCAGGUGUUACUUCAUUCACAAUUGGUCGAUAUUUAUGGGUAUUCUGCUGCAUGAUGAUGUCUUCUCAUGUUCUUCGCAUCUUCAACAAUGAAGGUUUUGUGAUUUGCAUCACUCUAUUUGUCACUCCAGCCAAUUUCUUGAUUUUAAGAUCAAAAAGCUUGUUAGGUAACUGUUAUUGUUGAUAUCCACUUUGAGUGGCUCACCUCACGAUUUAUAUUCUAAAAUUAGGUUACUGGUCAACGAACUCCCCCGCUGACCAUGCACUUGCAAGCACGUAAGCCUUCUCUUUCGCAGGACCAAAACAUGGCCACCACCCAUUCCGAAGGCCACGAACCCUCGAAGCAUGCUAUAAAACCCCCUCCACCCACUCCUUCCUUCCUCAGGCCUGCAAAGGAGAGACACAAGCCCCACCCGCAACACCGUCUUCCUCAUCUCCCCCGCAGCUCAGCCGGUGUCAGCAAUGGA